UGCAUAAGAAGAAUCGUGACGUAAGUUAUGCGGAAUUUAUAGAUAUCAUAUUUCUUGUAUUAUUUAACUGUGAAAGCGAAAUCAUUAAAAUUAGAAACCGAAAGAAAGUUUUUAAAUAUAAAUUUCAAGAUAUGAGCAUUCAUACUUAGAUUAAAAGAGUCUCCGAAGCAAAAUGAUUUUAAAAGGACUUUUAAUUAUUCUUGUUUCCUUUAAUUCAUUUUCCAAUGCAACAUCGCUCGAAAACGUAGAUUGCGGUUCAUACGUUGACUAUGUGGAUACUGACGACCAAGGACAUUUUCGUUUUUUACCUCGAGUUGUAAAGUUAAAUCGAUGUCGAGGAGUUGAUAAUUUAAUACCCAACCCCCAUAAUUAUAAAUGCGUUCCUACACAAAAAGGAGUGAAGAAAAUUGAUUUGACCGUUGUAAAAGAGCAAACGCAUGAAUUUGUUACUUUAGCAGUAGAAAAUAACACCGAAUGCCAGACAGUAUGUAGUUUAAACGACAAAUCUUGCAACUCUUAUCAAACAUUUAGCAAUGACAAUUGCGAAUGCACCUGUAACUACGAUAAAAAUUUUCCUGUAUGCAAUCUAAACUUUGUAUGGAGCAAAACUGAUUGUAACUGUAUUUGCUCCCCAUCAAAAUCUAGAAACUGUCCCUUGGGUAAACAAUUCAACGAAGAUGAGUGUGACUGUAAAUGUUCAUCUUCGACAUGUCCAAAUCCAAACCAGGUAUUAGAUCCUAUCUCGUGUAAUUGUUUAGACAAGCAAAAAAGUCCAAGCACAGGAAGAAGAGAAGAAGUAAAAGUUUGCAAAAACAGCAUUAGUAUGUUUAAAUUCUUAAUUGGACUAGUAAUCGAGGCAAUUUUUUUUAUAUUGUUGUUUACAUUGCUUUACUGUUUUUUCUUCAAACCAAAACUGACUGUAUUAAGUAAGCAAACCGUUAAGUUGGAAAACUCAGUCAACGCUUAUUGUAAUGGGCUUCAUGCUACAGACGUGUAGCUUAUGACUUAAAAAACAAAUGCUCAGUGUUAAUUCGUUAUUUAUAUAACCCAUAAUUUAUUGCGUUAUAUUUUCCUAACAUUCAUAGAUUAAAUUUUAUAAAGAACGAAAAACAUAAAAA